UGUUCUUGUGGGAGGUGUAGGAGCCUCGCGAUAGUAUUGACGCCUAUGGAAAGGUUAGAUUCACAGGCCACUCCAGACGCACUGCAGGGGUUUGUGUUAAAAAUGUUAAUAUUUCAGGCUUGGCCCGGACAGUGCCCGAUGGAUUGACUGACGCUAGAGGUUUUCAAGUUUCGAAAAUGACAGGAUUUCACGAUUAUUGACGCCCGCGUCUAUUUGCUUUCUCUCGUUGAAAAGUAGCUUGAUGAGUGUCCAAAGUAACAGUGGAAGUUUGGAGGGGACGCCAUCUUGGUCCCAGUUAUCCACGUCCCCAACAUCGGGUUUAAUUUCUCAGCAAAAUAUCACGGUACCCGUGAAGGCCAAGGAAGGUGGUAUGGAGGAGCUGCACAGCCUGGACCCUCGGCGGCAGGAGCUGCUGGAGGCGCGCUUCAUGGGGGGGGUGAGUGGGAGCACGGGGAGCACGGGCAGCACCAGCGGGGGGGGCACCAAGGGCCUGACAAACAACGAAUGUUCGAACCACAGUUUUGGAAGUCUUGGUUCCUCAAGUGACAAGGAAUCGGAGACCCCUGAGAAGAAGCACUCAGAUUCUUCACGAGGGAGGAAGAGGAAAGCGGAGAAUCAGUCCGAGAGCAGCCAAGGGAAAACCGUUGUACGGGGACCCAAAAUUAGUGAUUACUUUGAUUUCCAGGGUGGAAAUGGGUCAAGUCCGGUGAGAGGCCCGCCCACAGUUCUCCGCUCUCCCCAGAACUCACAUUCCCAUAGUGCACCAGCUUCUACUAUUAGACAAAAUAGUUCAUCACCUACAAGUCUGUCUUUCGGGGACCAUAUGAUGCAUUCAAAACAAUUAUCAAUCAAGAGUGUCCAGACUGACCUUACUGUUCUGAAGUUGGCUGCACUUGAAAGCAACAAAAACCAGGACCUGGAGAAGAAAGAGGGCCGGAUAGACGACUUGCUUCGGGCAAACUGUGACCUGAGGAGACAAAUAGAUGAACAACAGAAAUUACUUGAAAAGUAUAAGGAACGUUUAAAUAAAUGCAUCACCAUGAGCAAGAAGCUGCUAAUUGAAAAGAGCACGCAGGAGAAGCAGGCUUGCCGGGAGCGGAGCAUGCAGGACCGGCUGCGUCUGGGCCACUUCACCACCGUGCGCCACGGAGCGUCCUUCACUGAGCAGUGGGCCGACGGCUUCGCCUUCCAGAACCUGGUCAAGCAGCAGGAGUGGAUCAACCAGCAGAGGGAGGAGAUCGAGAGGCAGAGGAAGCUGCUCGCCAAACGGAAACCCCCGACGACGGCCAACACCUCCCAGGCCCCCGCCACCAACUCCGAGCCCAAGCAGCGCAAGACUAAAGCGGUGAACGGGGCGGAGAACGACCCCUUCCUGAAGCCCAGCCUGCCCCAGCUGUUGACUUUGGCUGAGUAUCACGAGCAGGAGGAGAUAUUCAAGCUACGACUCGGCCAUCUCAAAAAGGAGGAGGCUGAGAUCCAGGCGGAGCUGGAGCGGUUGGAGAGGGUGCGGAACCUGCACAUCCGGGAGCUGAAGAGAAUAAAUAACGAGGACAGCUCACAAUUCAAAGACCACCCCACCUUGAAUGAGAGGUACCUAUUGCUACAUCUUCUGGGAAGAGGUGGCUUCAGUGAAGUGUACAAGGCCUUUGACUUGUUUGAACAACGAUAUGCUGCGGUGAAAAUACACCAACUGAACAAGAACUGGAGAGAGGAGAAAAAGGAGAACUACCACAAGCACGCCUGUCGGGAAUACCGGAUACACAAGCAGCUGGACCACCCUCGGAUCGUGAAGCUGUACGACUACUUCUCCCUGGAUACGGACACGUUCUGUACGGUGUUGGAAUACUGUGAAGGCAACGACUUGGACUUCUACUUGAAACAGCACAAACUCAUGUCCGAGAAGGAGGCUCGUUCCAUAGUCAUGCAGAUUGUGAAUGCACUACGAUACCUGAACGAGAUCAAGCCACCCAUCAUCCACUAUGACCUGAAGCCAGGUAACAUCCUCCUCGUGGACGGCACGGCCUGCGGGGAGAUCAAGAUCACCGAUUUCGGCUUGUCCAAGAUCAUGGACGACGAUAACUACGGGGUGGACGGCAUGGACCUGACGUCACAGGGAGCGGGGACUUACUGGUACCUGCCGCCUGAAUGCUUUGUUGUCGGCAAAGAGCCUCCAAAGAUUUCCAACAAGGUGGACGUGUGGUCCGUGGGUGUCAUCUUCUUCCAGUGUCUCUACGGGAGGAAGCCGUUCGGCCACAACCAGUCCCAGCAGGACAUCCUGCAGGAGAACACCAUCCUCAAAGCCACCGAGGUCCAGUUUCCCGUCAAGCCCGUCGCUACGAACGAAGCCAAGGCCUUUAUCCGGCGCUGUCUGGCGUACAGGAAGGAGGACCGCUUCGACGUGCACCAGCUGGGCAGCGACUCGUACCUCCUCCCUCACAUGAGGAGGUCCAGCUCCUCAGGGAACCUGCAGAUGGCGCUCUCCGGAGGCCCCGCCCCCCCGCCCCCCUCCAGCAUCAUCCCCUACUGAGGGCCCCUCCCCCCCCGCACUGACUGACUGACAGCUCCCGCUGCUCCGCCCACUGCCCCGCCCCCUGCGUUACGCCAUUGGUCCAGGCCGCCCUAGGGGGGGGGGAGAGGGGGCUGUCGCCGCGGUGACGACAGAGUGGAUUCUGGGUGCCUCCGCGCUCGGGCCAGAGCCGGGUCGGGUCGGGCCGGGCCGGGCCAGGUCUGGGGUGGUGGAGAAAGGGGGAAACCAGUCUCAGACUUGCCCGGCGGCUUCUCAGACACUUUUUGAAGGUUGAAUUUUUAGAGCACUGCAACAAACGUAGCGUGGAGAGAGAAAAAAAAAAAAAAAAAAAGCAAAAAAGAGAAAGAUUUGUUGUAAUUUGGAGAUUUCUUGCUGAAGGGAGACACGGCAGUCCUGCCGUUUAGAAUAACUCGACUCGGCGCCCGCCCGGGGCGUGGGGUCUGAUGUUUACACGAGGGCCUACAGCGGUUUCACUUUUCAGCUGAGCAGUAAAAUGUCCCCCGACGUUUCUGUUUUUCUUUUACUCUUUUCUUACGACUAGCCGUGGGAAUGGUUGAGCAUACAGGUUACAUUAUCAUUAAUGCCCAGACGAGCAUCACUGUGCAUGUCAUUGAAUGCACAAAUUAACCAAAUGUAGGCAAACAUCAGUGUAUAGAAUCCUCUGGAGGAAGAUUUAAAAAAAAGAAAGAAAAACACUUCAAAAAAAUAAAAAAAUAAAUGUACUUCUACUAUAUUGAAAUCAAAUUUCAGUUCUUAAAUUUCAGCAGUUGAAUUAUGUACAGAACGUUUCCUCCAUAUAAUUUCAUCUCCUACAGCUUUUUCAUUGUUACUGCUGUUGAUACUGCUUUUUUUGUUUUGUUUUUUUGUUUUUGAAGAGGCUGUAUGAUCUACAUUAAGAGCAAUUUGAUUUGUACAGUCUAUUAAAAAAUAUAUAUUAAAUAAUAAAUUCUUGCCCUAAAUUUUCAGCAUGCUGUAUGGCGGUUGUUAGGAUUUUUUUUUAGUAAGAUGCCGUGCUGCAUUUUUUUCCCUGUUAAGUUGGCGGGGCAGGGGGAAUGGGGGGGGAGGGUUUAAUGUGAUGUUGUGGGAGGUGGCCAGUGUGUGACUGGACUCCCCUUCUGUCUCUUACCUUCCAGUUACUUUCCUUUUCAGACUGUCGCGAAGACGUUACCGUGGAAAUACCAAAACUGUUUAGUCCAGUUCUGAAUCCAGUAACUCUCGGUGGGCAGUGCUGCCCCUGGUCUGUACUGUUUAGGGUCUGUUCUGUUUAUGGUCUGUAUGUACUGUCCAUGGUCUGUACCGUUUAAGGUCUGUACUAUCCAUGGUCUGUCUGUACUGUCCAUGGCCUUUCCGUUCUGUCCAUGGUCUGUACUGUUUAAGGCCUGUACUGUCCAUGGUCUGUACUCUUUACCGUCUGUAUGGUCCAUGGUCUGUACUAUCCAUGGUCUGUCUGUACUGUUCAUGGUCUGUACUGUUCAUGGUCUGUACUGUUUACGGUCUGUACUGUCCAUGGUCUGUACUAUCCAUGGUCCGUCUGUACUGUCCAUGGUCUGUACUGUUUAACGUAUGUACUGUUCAUGGUCUGUACUGUCCAUGGUCUGUACUGUUUUAAGGCCUGUGUACUGUCCAUGGUCUGUACUGUUUAAGGCCUGUGUACUGUCCAUGGUCUGUACUGUUUAAGGCCUGUGUACUGUCCAUGGUCUGUACUGUUUAAGGCCUGUACUGUUUAUGGUCUGUACUGCACAAUUCCCAGUCAGCAUCAUGUCCAUGGACCCCAGUAAAUGCUAGUCUGUAAUUUCUGAAAAGGAGAAUGGUCUGUCGCUCACAGACUUCCUGCAAUGUCCAGGUUUCUGCUCCUCCUUCUCCUCUUCACUGUACAUGAAACGGAAAACUGAUCUUUCAAGGUGCUGCUGAAAUUGUAGAGAAUGUAGCUCAAAAAGUAAUAAAACUUAAAAAACUGAUUUUAA